UCCCUCUCCUCUGGUCGCCUUGGAAACAGACAAAAGAGAGUUCUCGGCGGAAGGAAGGAGAGAAGAAGGAGCUGCAGCUCAGCAGAAGACGGCUCCUCUCGUCCGAGCACCUCAGAGUUGAGCACCCAGCUCAGUUGGACCGGACCUGCUGAGAGAAAACCCAUAAUUUACCGGACGACAUGUCAGACGUAGUUCCACCAGAGGUCAGACCCAAACCAGCCGUCCCUGCCAAGCCCCCAAAUGUGGGGGCUCCCUCCCCUUCCAGCCCGUUUCCACCCCAGGGCCUGGGUAUCGGAGGAGGUGGCAUUUCUGCUCCCCCUCCGAGUGCCAUUCCAGUUCUUGUUGGCGGUCACGGUCCAAGCCACGGCAGUGGGCAUGUCGGGGGUCACGCUGCAGCGCACGGCGUGGGUCAUAGCCAUGGAGGCUCCCACAGCUCAAGUGGAGGAUCCACUCUGCUGGGGUACAUUGGGAUUGACACCAUAAUCGAACAAAUGAGGAGGAAGACCAUGAAGACUGGCUUUGACUUCAACAUCAUGGUGGUUGGUCACAGUGGCCUUGGAAAGUCAACUCUGGUGAACACUUUAUUUAAGUCCCAGGUGAGUAGGAAGAACGCAGGAUGGGCUCGAGAUGAGAAGAUCCCAAAAACUGUUGAGAUCAAGACAGUGUCGCACGUGAUUGAGGAGGGUGGUGUGAAGAUGAAGCUAACGAUCGUUGACACUCCAGGAUUUGGAGACCAAAUCAAUAACGAGAGCUGCUGGGAGCCCAUUUCUAAAUACAUCAACGAGCAGUUUGAGAAGUUCCUGAAGGAAGAGGUGAACAUCACCAGGAAGAAGCGCAUCCCCGACACCAGAGUGCACUGCUGCCUCUACUUCAUUCCUCCAACGGGACACUGUCUCCGUCAGCUGGACACUGAGUUCAUGAGGCGCCUGAGCCACUCGGUCAACAUCAUCCCCGUUAUCGCCAAGUCCGACACAAUGACCAUGGAGGAGAGGCAAGAGUUCAAACAGAGGGUCUCACCUCCAGGAUUUAAAGGAGGUUACCCACAACAUCCACUACGAAACGUACCGAGCCAAGAGACUGAACGAGAACGGAGGUCUGCACCCCAUCUCCUCUGACACCCAGGAGAGCAACCUGUAGACCGUGGGUUUGUCCAGAAAACGCUUGACGAAGCUCAAAGGAAAUCAUUUCAAACUUGUCUUCAGUGAAACUCGUACGUUAAUGUUCGUCUACAGCCGUCCAGCAAAUGUCAGAAACAUAUCGUGUUUAUUUAAAAAACAAAAGAGACACAAUUUCUGCUUGUGUCCCCAAGCUGACACAAUUUUCAGACAUUUUUAUGAAACCUUGUCGGCUUUGGACAAGAAAUCAUGAUUGAACCAAAUCCUCUGGGAGAGCUUCUUCCUCUUUAAGGCUGGUGUGAAGAGACUCGGCUCCCAUCUUCAUCCGAACCUUUGAAGAACCUCAUUGUUCUAAAGGCCGACUGCAUCGUUUAAACCUCCAUAACGACAAAUUGUUCAUCUCCAUAAACCACACGCUUCAUUUGGGUCAGUCCUGUUUUCUUUAGGCUUGAAGAAAUCAAAUGUGAAAAUAAGGACUAGAACGAUGUUAUUAGCUCAGUUAAGUGAAUAUGCAACUUCUAAUGAUAAUUUAGAGUAAAUUGCAAAGGAAAAUAUUAAAAGCAAACUUGACCGAUUGUCCUAAUUUGAAGGUGCAGUGAAUGCAGCACGAGUGAGCGUUCAGUCUGAAUCACUGCGUGCGUUCUGUGCACAAAUCAGGUCCAGGUAGACGGUGAAGAGACGAGAACUUUUAUUUCUGCGCAGCUUCUUUUUUGACUCUUCAGCAGCUUUUCUGAAAGAAUCAUUUCCAGGACAAGAAAUCCUUUUUUGUUUCUAUAAAUCUGACACGACUAGUUGCGAGGGAACAGCUGGCAGGCGUGUUACAGAACUGAAUUCAAAUAUUCAUGGUGCCAUUUUAAGAAAUAACUCCUGCCACUCGUCACUUGGCAGCGUUCUGCAACGUUAAAGAAAUUACUGCAUAUUUUUUUUAAUCAUCUGUUAAAUUCAUUCUUAGCACCUGAGAAGGUUUACAUCAGGGAUAUCCAGAUGUUUUCAUCAUGGAGCUCCUUUUACAAUGACC